AUGUUUGAAAUAAACCAGACCAAAGUGACGGAGAUUCUGCUGUUGGGUUUUCAGAAUCCUCAGAUGUUUAACUCUUUAAUAUUUGUUGUGUUCCUUGUGAUGUACAUCUUGACGUUAGUCGGGAACCUGCUGAUUAUUAUACUGGUGGCAAAGUUUGAUAGCCUGAAAUCUCCCAUGUAUUUCUUCCUCACUCAGCUGGCAUUGAGCGACAACCUUCUGACCACAGUUAUAGUUCCCAACAUGCUUCACGUUAUAAUUAAUGGAGGAAGCACGAUAUCUCUUUCAGGCUGCAUCACCCAGUUUUAUUUUUAUUGUGUUUCACAAGCUUCAGAGUGUUUCCUUCUUGCAAUGAUGUCCUACGACCGGUAUUUAGCCAUUUGCCGCCCUCUGCAUUACACUUCUGUCAUGGAUUUUAGGCUAAAUGUUCAGCUUAUUCUUUAUUCUUGGCUUUUAGCAUGUAUGAUAACAUUUAUGGUUGCCCCUGCAGUUUCAGUGUUACAGUUCUGUGGUCAUGUCAUUGACCAUUAUUUCUGUGAUCUCGCUCCUCUACUAGAGCUCUCAUGUACAAAGCAUCCUGCUGCUGAACUCAUAGAUCUUAUCAUAGGCAUACCCUUUGUAACCAUUCCUUUCCUCUUUAUUAUUUUCACAUAUGUUUCCAUUGUCAUCACCAUCCUUGGUAUCUCCUCCAGCGCCGGGAGGCAGAAAGCCUUCUCCACCUGCAGCUCUCACCUGACUGUAGUGUGCACCUACUACGGGACUGUAAUUAUAGUUUAUUUGGCUCCUUCCAAAAAACAAUCAUUUAACAUGAAUAAAUUGUUAUCUCUUUUGUAUACAGUGCUUUGCCCAUUUGUUAACCCCAUUAUAUAUAGCCUUCGAAAUGACGAUAUUAAGAUAAACUUGAAAAAGUUUAUUAUAAAUGGCCUCAAAAGAGUUUAG